AUGACCACACGGCUGGGACGAAGAACUCAUCUCGAGGAGGAAGAUGCGGCCACUUUGAAGCUGGGGGCAGAAUUCAACAAUGCGGGAUGUCUCCUGAUAUCUGAAGUCAAGAUUCUGUUGAAAGAAAAGGAGGGAAAGCCUGGGGUGGACAGCCCGGUCUUCAAUAAGACGGUAGAAUAUGUGAACAUGUUCAGCAAGUUUAGUACCGAAGACACGAUCGGAUUAGUACGCGCGACGUUGAGACGACAAGCAAACUUGACACAGUUUGAAACGGCUCAACUGGCGAAUCUGUGCCCUAGUACUGCGGAGGAGGCAAAGAGUAUCAUUCCUAGUCUAGCAAAAUAUGACGACGACGAGCUCCAGCCAUUGUUAGAUGAGCUACAGAGCAUGAGACGUUUCCAGGAUUGA